UUUUGGUCUCUUCUCAAAGAGCUUCCCCUGUACAGCUAGUUCUCUGUAUCCGUCUCUCUCCCUCCAUCUAUAUAUAUAUAUAUUUAUAUAUGUGUGUGUAUAUAUAUAUAUGUAUAUCCACCCACACAAACCAAUGAAUGCAUUGGUGUCUGUGAUCUCUGGCUGUCAGCCUGAGGUUUCAAGUUAAACUGGAGAUUUUGCACUAGUGCUUUGAGUUUGACCUGGAACUGUUAGUUGUUGCAUUUUGUGAGCGGUUAGCUUAGAGAUAGAUGCCAACUGCAAGGCUAAGCACUGUUGGAUCUUCAGAUGCAAUGGAAUCAGUUGAGGGGAAUGAUACCCUUUACACAUUGAUUAGUCAAGCUACAGGGAAAGACCCUAUCGUCUCAGGGGACAAACCUAUACAGUGGAUACAGUUACUUCAUGCCUUAGAGCAGCCAGAUCUUCCAUAUUGGCCUAUAGUUACUCCUGUGAAGGUUCAGAUGCAUAAAUGUGAGAAAUGUUCUCGAGAAUUUUUUUCAUCAAUUAACUACCGAAGGCAUUUACGCCUGCACCGUCGAGCCUUAAAUUUUGACAAGGAGUCUCGCAAAUAUAGAGAUUUACUUGGAGCAUUUUGGAAUAAGCUUUCAUUGGAGGAGGUUAAGGAAGUUGCAUCAUUGAAUGACAUUUCACUAAAGGACAUUCCUGGGACCUUACUUGUCAAAACACUGACAGAGUCUCUCCAAACAUCAAGUGCCUGGAUGUGGAGUCUUCCAACUGUUUAUAUGAAAGCUGGCACUACCUUAAUGGAUAUUAUUGAAGCUAAACCUUCCAGGCUUCCAAUAUCAUCCCUGGAAUUAUUUAGUGUCCUUGAUGACGCUAGUGAGGGAACAUUUCUAUGUGCUGGGACAGCAGACUCGAUGCAAAAAUAUUUAUUCGAUGAUGAAGUUACAAAAGUUUGCCUCGAGCUGAGGAAUUUAGCUGCAUGCAUAUGCUUUGCUUUUGAACAGAAACUGGUAAAAGCAUGGAUUGCUGACAAAGAAGCCGAGGCAUUGAGAUGCCAGAAAUUGCUUGUGGAGGAGGAAGAAGCUGCUCAGAGAAGGCAAACUGAGUUAUUGGAAAAGAAAAGACAGAAAAAGCUAAGGCAGAAAGAACUGAAGGCAAAGGAUCAAAUGAGUGAGGGAAAAGCGAGCCUUGUUGGGAGUGCUGAUUCUUCAGAAAAUCCACUGGUGGCAGAAAUAUCCAGUCCUCCCACCCUGUUUGAUUCUGACUCCAAUACUCUUGAUGUAGCAGAGGAUGUCUCCGACCUAGAAAUGAUUCACUUAGAAAUGAAUGAUGAGGACAUUAAAGCAGUUGAAUUGGGUAUUGUUCAGAAUACCGAAACUAAGCAGAAAGAUGGCACUUCCAUGGAGACAGAGAAAGAUAAAAUGCAAAAUGAGCAGAGCUUUUGGUUCAUGUCUCAGAAUGAAGAAAGUCAAAAUGAGUGUGAAGUGAUGAUUGGGUCCAUAUCUGUGCCUGUGAAAAAUUGCCCUAUUCACACACGACGCACAAAAACACAUGAUCAUGCUGGCAACCCAGAGCCAAAAGGGCUGAAUGAAAAUCAAGAAUGUGAUCUCAGCCUUGGCAGCAAAACCAGUGUGCCAUCUGAUGAUUGGGUUCACGUGACCAGGCGUGGAAAGGGGCCAAAGGGCAGACAAGAUAACGAAGAGCGUGCUUCAGUGAAAGUUGGUGAUCAAAAUCUAUCCUGUGCAACCUCUGUGCAAUUAUAUGCUGAUGGGAAAAGUCCUUCUCAUCAGCUGCCAGACUGUAACACACAUGCAAAAGUCUUGCCAUUCUCCAGUGGUACUGCAAAAACUUUUCUGACAAAGAGAUGGAAUGAGGUCGUCUCAGGUGAUCAUGUGAAGUUGGUCAUUUCCGCUGUUCCUAAAUCUCCAGGAAGUCCCAGCACCCACAGCAACCUUCAAAAAUCUGCUCCUCCACCUUCAGCACCCAAGAAGCACAGCAUUGUUGGAGAGAAUCAAAGAAGAAGAUGAAAGUGAGAAAAACCUCGUUUUUUAGGUAAAGGAGAAGAAUGCUGCUGACGACUAGAGCUGGUUUGAAGCCUUUAAUCCAUUCAGCAGCGAGAGAAGAGGUUUUGUGCUGUGUAGACUUCUUCUAUUGGGAAAGUGAAGGUGUUAGGACAGAUAGCUUAUAUGUUUCUUCUUAGGAAUAGCAUAGAACUUGGCCUCUUUUAUAUGUUUGUUUUCUUAGUUGAAAUCUCAUCUUGGCUAGUUGGCUUUGGACAUCAAAUAUUUCAUGGAAUAGAUUGCUUUUUAGUUUUCUUAUUUAUUUAUUUUGUGGUCAUAUUAGAAGCAUUGUGGAUUUGUGAUAUCCCGUGGUUGCCCAAUAGCCAGAGAAUGAAGUGAAAUGAUUUUUUU